CGUAGCCGUGCGAGCAGGUAGUCUCGGGGUGUGUCCUUCAUGUUGUCCGACUUUAAAAACCACGGUGUCUGCGUGUGGAGGAAGGGAAGUAACAACAUUCAGAGUAAAGAGAGCCGAAAUGGAUUUAACUCGCUCGUUUAUUUCGCUCCUGGUGAUUUUCUGCUGCUUCUUCGUCUCCGGCUCUCAUGCUGCAGGUAAAGGACGGGGCUUUAUCGGGCUGGUGGACCCUAAAAACUCUGGCCAAGUCAUUGUGGACCCAAUGACAUCAGCCACACUGAAGAGCAAUCUCACCACUGUCUUCCUCCCGAUAAUUUACAUCAUCGUCUUUGCGGUGGGCCUCCCCGCCAACGGCAUGGCCAUCUGGGUGUUUCUCUUCAGGACCAAGAAGAAGCACCCGUCUUCGAUCUACAUGGCCAACCUGGCCCUGGCCGACCUGCUGUUCGUCAUCUGGACGCCGCUGAAGAUCUCCUACCACAUAAACGGCAACGACUGGGUCUACGGCGAGCCGCUGUGCAAGAUCCUUGUGGGCUUCUUCUACGGGAACAUGUACUGCUCGAUUCUGUUCAUCACGUGUCUCAGCGUGCAGCGAUACUGGGUGGUUGCGCACCCACUGUCCCAGCAGAACAGGAACAACAAAGUGGCCAUCAGUGUCUGUGUGGCCAUCUGGGCUUUCAUCUGGCUCACCACCACUCCUCUGUACCUGUACAACCACACCGCCAAGCUCAAAGACCCCAACAUUACCACCUGCCAUGACGUCACCGCCAUACUCGACCCGCUGAAUCCGUUCCCCUCCGUCCAGCUCCCGUACUACUACUUCAUCUUCAUGGCAAUGGUCGUGUUCCUGGUGCCGUGCGUCAUUAUCGUCGUAGCCUAUAUUCUUUUACUCCGAGCUUUGGGGAACAGCAUGGAGGAGAGCACGGCCGCCAAGAACCGACGCAGAGCUGUGGUACUGAUCGUCACCGUCUUGGUGACGUUCCUGGUGUGUUUCGUCCCCAGUAACAUCAUGCUGGUGCUGCAUUACUCUCUGCUGAAGGACGGGGAGAUAAACAACGGCUACGGCUUCUACGUCUCCACGUUAUGCCUGGCCAGUCUCAACAGCUGCCUGGACCCGUUCAUCUAUUACUUUGUCUCCGAGGACUUCAGAAACCACGUGAAGAACACGCUGCUGUGCCGCAGCAGCAGGACUGUGGAGAGGAUGCGGGUCUCGUUCAGUUCCAUGAAAUACUCCAGGAAGAGCAAGACCUACGUGUCGGACGCUGGGAACACACAGAGCAGCUCGUGUUAGCGUCACAGAGGCGCGGCGUCGUUUAUUGUGACUCCAGUGUACUGAUGACACACAGCGUCACGCAGGCUGUGUGUGUGUGUGUGUGUGUGGCACUGGGAUGCAGCAGAUUGGCCCAUAAUUAUGGACAAAACUAUCAUUUGCAACCAGGUCACCUUAAAGCAUCUCAUAACCAAAGAUGAACUUGAAAUGUGAAGAAAACUGUGCUGGAAUGAGAGCAGAAUACACGUUUUUUUUUUAUUAUUUUAUUUAAAGGGCUGAACGGCCUUCUUUAAGGGAUAGUUUUCAGGUUUUUUACAGCGUGGUUUUAUAGGGCAGUGACAUAUAUAUGGUACGGAUUGUGCUUUGUUAACAGCUCACUCUCCCUCACCAAAGUCCAUAGAGAAAAUGUGCAGUUUUAGCUUACGAGGACACAGUAGCUGCUGCUUCAUUUUGUUAGUUUGUGUCACUGAUCUGAGCAUCUGAAACACAAAACUCCCAAAAAUAACAAGAUGUGAACUUGGUGAUGGAGUGGAUCAAUACUAACAGUGUUCUAUGGACUUUGGUGUGGCAGUAAAUUGACACAAGCAUCAGUUUCCAUUUGGCAAACACUGUUAAACGACGAGACAUGGCAGCCGACAUAUUCUUAAUAAAUAAUAAAUAAAUCAUUGACUCAAGCAGGCAAAGAGUUGAUCACGUGAAUCAUGUUGUCGCUCGCGUACUGCACAGUCGGCACCGACUAUACAACCCCUGAAAAACACCGUGAAGUAUCCCUUUAAAGCCUUGCAACAUUGUCACUGCACUGCAGAACAUGUAACUGAGCAGCCAGAUGAACCUGUUGUGUGCAGAGUAUCGGAGAAUAUCAUGUGUUACAGAUUUAUUUUCCAUGUUCGUGUAACUCAAGUCAAAUCAGUGAAAGAAAAAGAUGUUCUCUCUAUUUAAUGUUGUUGUUUUAUUUUGCCUUUUCUACUUGCCACACAGCUGCAGGAAGUUUUAAUCAAUGUUAUCAUAUGUGUGCUUAUGCAUUUUUAGUGCCAUUGAAGAAAUUGUGUCACUGUUACAUAUAGUUUCCUAAAUAAAUGAUAAAACCGA